AUGGAAGCCACCCCUGACCCCGCCGAGCGCCAUGCAUCCCCGCCACGCUCAGCCUGGCGAGACUUCACGGACCCCGAAGCAGGCAAGCGGAGCAGGCCGAAGGCAGCCAAGUUUCCCCGAGUGAGACCGAAUGAAGAUGAAUACACCGGCCCCUGCCGCCGCUCCCGCCCCCGGAACCCGGCUAAGAAGGGCCGGCCCAAGCCGAAGAAGCACGAACUCACCCGAACCCACCAGGUGCAGGCGAGUUCAGAGUCCCCCGGCCCCCCAGAGCGCCAUGCAUCCCCGCCACGCUCAGCCUGGCGAGACUUCACGGACCCCGAAGCAGGCAAGCGGAGCAGGCCGAAGGCAGCCAAGUUUCCCCGAGUGAGACCGAAUGAAGAUGAAUACACCGGCCCCUGCCGCCGCUCCCGCCCCCGGAACCCGGCUAAGAAGGGCCGGCCCAAGCCGAAGAAGCACGAACUCACCCGAACCCACCAGGUGCAGUCAGGGGCAAGCAGCCGAAACGGCGGAAGUCGCGUCGGGGCGUCCAGCCCAGCCCAGCCCAGCCCAGCCCAGCCUGACCCGACGGCCUUCGGAGACGCGGCUGAUUCUUGCUUGACCAAGGCCUGGCUGGCCCCGUCCACAGCCUCUCCAUCCGGCCGCUCUGUAACCUUCGACACCCCGAGGCCACCAGACGCCCCCACGCACCCCGGUGUCCUGACCUCUGUCCCUUCUGCCUCCAGCUUGGACCUGGACCAUGGGCGUUCAUGCGGCAGGGGCGCCCAGACCGUGGGCUCGCACGGCCAGCGGCGGGAGUCCUUCCUGUAUCGCUCGGAUAGCGACUGUGAACUGUCGCCAAAGGCCACGUCUCGGAACUCCUCCACAGUCAGUGACCUACACGGCGAAGACCUGAUCGUGACACCUUUCGCCCAGGUCCUGGCCAGUCUUCGGACCGUGCGUGGCAACCUGGUGACCCUAGCCCACGGCCACGUCCAGGAGACCACGGGCCCGGCCCUCACCAGCCCUCCUUGCCUGCAGUUCAAGCGCAUGCUGAACCGAGAGCUGACCCACCUUUCGGAAACCAGCCGCUCGGGGAACCAGGUGUCCGAGUACAUCUCCCAGACCUUCCUGGACCAGCGCCCGGAUGUGGAGCUGUCCCCACGGCCCCUGUCCGAGAUCCCCAGUCUCCACGGGCUCCCCGGCCCCGGCCUGUCUUCAGCCACUGUCCCACGCUUUGGGGUACAGACGGACCAGGAGGGGCAGCUGGCAAAGUUUCAGGAGCUGGAAGACACCAGCAAGUGGGGCCUUGACGUGUUCAGGGUGGCCGAGCUAAGUGGGAACCGGCCCCUUACGGCCAUCCUCUUCAGCAUCUUGCAGGAGCGGGACCUGCUCAAGACAUUCCAGAUCCCAGUGGAUGCGCUCGCCACCUACCUGCUGACGCUGGAAGGUCACUACCACAAGGACGUGGCCUAUCACAACAGCCUGCACGCGGCUGAUGUGGCACAGUCUGCGCAUGUGCUGCUGGCCAUGCCCGCCCUCGAGGUNGUGUUCACAGACCUGGAGGUCCUGGCCGCCAUCUUCGCCAGCGCCAUCCACGACGUGGACCACCCCGGGGUCUCCAACCAGUUUCUCAUCAACACCAACUCCAAGCUGGCCCUGAUGUACAACGACAUCUCUGUGCUGGAGAACCACCAUCUGGCCGUGGGGUUCAAACUGCUGCAGGCCGAGAACUGUGACAUCUUCCGGAACCUCAGCGCCAAGCAGUGGCAGAAUCUGCGCAGGAUGGUGAUUGACAUGGUGCUGGCCACUGACAUGUCCAAGCACAUGAAUCUGCUGGCCGACCUCAAGACCAUGGUGGAGACCAAGAAGGUGGCCAGCCUCGGCAUCCUGCUGCUGGACACCUACGCCGACCGCAUCCAGGUUCUGCAGAACCUGGUCCACUGUGCGGACCUCAGCAACCCCACCAAGCCGCUGCCCCUGUACCGCCAGUGGACCGAUCGCAUCAUGGCAGAGUUCUUCCGGCAGGGUGACUGGGAGCGGGAGUCCGGCCUGGACGUCAGCCCCAUGUGCGACAAGCACACGGCCUCCGUGGAGAAGUCCCAGGUGGGCUUCAUCGACUACAUUGCCCACCCCCUGUGGGAGACCUGGGCUGACCUGGUCCACCCUGACGCACAGGAACUGCUAGACACGCUGGAGGACAACAGGGCGUGGUACCAGAGCAGGGUCCCCCGGAGCCCCCUGGACACUGUCACUUCCGAGCGGGGAGCCCCCGACAGGUUCCAGUUUGAGCUGACGCUGGAGGAAGCAGAGGAGGAGGAAGAGGAGGCGGGGAGUGUGGUGUCACUGGGCACUUAGCUCCUGUCUCCGGGCCCGGCCGGGCCACCAGAAGGCUUUGGGGAGCUGCACGGGGAGCUCGGGGCAUGUGAGGGCCGAGGCUGAGCCCCCUUGGGCCUGGGCUCAGGUUUCUGGAAAGGGUUCCUGGCAGUCCAGGUUCCUUUCCUGCCUCUGUGGGAGCUGCCAGCAUCGGGUCUCGGGGCCACACGGGAUGUGCUCUUGGGGCACAGAGAGGGGACUUCGGGCCCAGCCACCUCCAGCCAUCACCCUGGAGUGCCAGCCUUCACCCGGUUCUUUUCUUCUUCCUUUUUUUCUUUUGAUGAUUUGGGGGAUUGAACUCAGGGCCUUCACACUGAA